ACUUGUCUUCUCCUUUUUCUUCUUCAUCUUCUUCUUCUCCUCCUCCUUUAUAUCCAUCCCCCCUUCGCUCUCUCUCUCUCUCCCCCUCACUACGUACUCUGCUUCAGUUCCCUCCGUUGAGAGGUCGAGAGCGAGCAAAUGGCGCCAACUCCUCCGGACAACAGCAAGACGAACAAGCUGGAGAGGUACAACAGCUACCUCCUCCGCCGCAUGAGCAGCGCCAAUGCCGCCGCCUCCUCCUCCUCCUCCUCCUCCUCCUCCUCGUCGCACCACCACAUCCUCUUCCGCGCCUCCGUGCUCACCGCCCUCGUCCUCAUCCUCCUCUUCACCCUCCACUACCCGCCCCUCCUCCUCCUCGUCUCCAACUCCGGCCCCCGCCCCUCGCCCCACCGCAGCCUCCUCUCCUCCUCCUCCUCCGCCUCCGCCUCCGCCUACGGCGGCGCCGCCUGGGAGCGCGACGUGCGGCGGUCGGCGGCCCCGCGGCGCGGCGCGGGGGGGCUGUCGGUGCUGGUGACCGGCGCGGCGGGGUUCGUGGGGUUCCACUGCUCGCUGGCGCUGCACCGGCGCGGCGACGGCGUGGUCGGGCUCGACAACUUCAACCCCUACUACGACCCGUCGCUGAAGCGCGCCCGCCACGGGCUGCUGGCGCGGCGCGGCGUGCUCGUCCUGGAGGCGGACAUCAACGACGCGGCGCUCCUCGCGGCGCUCUUCGCGGCGCACCCCUUCUCCCACGUGCUCCACCUGGCGGCGCAGGCCGGGGUGGUCUACGGCCUCAACACCGCCGCGCCCUUCUCCGAGUCGCACCGCACCGACCGCCCCGCCUCGCUCUACGCCGCCACGAAGAAGGCCGGCGAGGAGAUCGCCCACGUCUACAACCACAUCUACGGCCUCUCCGUCACCGGCCUCCGCUUCUUCACCGUCUACGGGCCCUGGGGCCGCCCCGACAUGGCCUACUUCUCCUUCGCCAAGAGCAUCCUCGACGGCCGCCCCAUCACCCUCUUCCGCACCGCCGACGGCGCCGACGCCCGCCGCGACUUCACCUACAUCGACGACGUCGUCAGGGGCUGCCUGGGCGCCCUCGACACCGCCCGCAAGAGCACCGGCAGCGGCGGCCAGAAGCGCGGCCCCGCCCAGCUGCGCGUCUACAACCUCGGCAACACCUCGCCCCUGCCCGUCGGCCGGAUGGUCGCCAUACUGGAGGAGCUGCUCGGCAAGAAGGCCAAGACGCACGUCGUCACCAUGCCGCGCAACGGCGACGUCCCCUACACCCACGCCAACGUCAGCCUCGCGCGCCACGACUUCGGCUACCGCCCCACCACCGACCUCGCCGCCGGCCUCCGGAAGUUCGUGCGCUGGUACGUCGACUACUACGGAGUCGUCGACGUCGAGAUCAAGGAGUCCACCGAAAAGACCAUCAUGCACGACGACGACGACGUAGCAGCAGCAGAGCACGCCGGAGCCUCGUUGGCUUCCGAGUGAAUGUCGGCGACGCCUGUACGUGUAUUUCUCUCUUCGGUUUAAUUGCACAAAUUUUUGUUCCUAAUAAUUUUACACUUAUAAUUUUUUUUACUUUUAAUAGUCCCAAUUAACUUUUUUAUUUAUUAUUAUUAUUAUUAUUAUUUGUAUUAAGGUUCAAUUAAUCUACGCGCAUUAAAAAUAUUGUUAUAUCGGACGAAAAGAUGCCACGGGGAAAGGCUGGUUGGAUACCGACGUCGACGUGGUAGUCUUUUUCUUUCUUUUUUUGUUGUUGAAAUUAGCAAAAUUUUUAAUGAGCGAGCCUUAAUUAAUUGAAACAAAUAAUAAUGAAGUUUUUUUUAAAAAAAAA